AAAAAAAAAUAUUUCAAAUAGUUUAAUCAGAGCUUUCUUAGCAAAAGUUCAAAUAUUUCUGCUACUGUUAUAUCCCAGCAAGAGUACGACUGAAUUACACAAAAUGGAUGUUUACCUUAGACCUUUGAAUUUGCUUAAAAUAAUCAUAAAAUUGAUCGUUCACAAAUAUCAGUACUACAGUAAGGCCACAAAUGAUUUCUACACAACACAAACCUCAAAGGGUCUGGUAAGAGGUCGUAAACGUAACAAUGUCUACAACGAACAUGGAACGUACUAUGCAUUCGAAGGGAUACCUUAUGCCAAACCUCCCUUGGGUGAGUUAAGAUUUCGGGCACCACAACCAGCGGAGCCAUGGAAAAAUGUAUUGGAUUGUCUACGAACCAAAUCGAAGCCCAUGCAAUUUGAUUAUUUGGCAAAGAUAAUAAUGGGCUCCGAGGACUGCCUCUAUUUGAAUGUGUAUGUCAAAAAGUUGAAGACCUCCAAACCCCUGCCUGUCAUGAUCUGGAUUUAUGGUGGUGGUUUCAAUAUUGGCGAAGCUAAUUGGGAUUUAUAUGGCCCAGAAUAUUUCAUGCAAAAGGAUGUUGUUUUGGUGACUUUCAACUACCGAGUGGGCUUAUUUGGAUUUUUAUGCCUAGAUGAUCCUGAUUUAAAUGUACCCGGUAAUGCUGGCCUGAAAGAUCAAGUGAUGGCCAUAAAAUGGGUCAAGGAUAAUAUCCACAACUUUAAUGGAGAUCCAAACAAUAUCACUCUUUAUGGAGAAAGUGCCGGUGCCGCCUCAACGCAUAUAAUGAUGUCCACCCCUCAAGUCAAGGGUCUUUUUCACAAAGCCAUAAUGCAGUCCGGUUCGUUCCUGUGCCCCUGGUCAUUUACGGAUAACCACAAAUGGGGCUAUAAAAUAGCCUGCCAUCUGGGUUAUCAAGGCAAGAAUAGCGACAAAGAGGUCUAUAGAUAUCUCAAAUCACAAUCUUCAAAGAGUUUAACCCUUCGCGACAUAAAACUGUUCAGCAAAGAAGAACAUAUGAGCCAAAUGCUUUUCCAUUUCGUUCCGGUUGUUGAACCCUACGUCACGGAUCAAUGUGUGAUCGACAAACCCUUUAAGCAGCUACUUGCCACAGCUUGGGGUAAUAAUAUUCCCCUCAUUUUGGGUGGAAAUUCUUCAGAGGGUCUACUUUUUCACAAUACUACCAAGCAUAGUAAAUUUCUAAUAAAUGAGUUAAGUGAUUUGGUCAACCUCUUGCCACAUGAUGUAAAACAUUCCCAGGAUCCGGAGAAACUCAAGUUAAUGGGUCAACAACUGAAAACAAUGUAUUUUGAUGGCAAGCAACCAAAUUUCCAAGAACAUUUCUCAAAAUACAAGGAACUCAUGGGCCACAGAGCCUUCUGGCAUCCCAUUUUGAGGACGAUCCAGGCACGCUCGAAAUAUGCUCCAGAGAGUCCCCUCUAUUGCUACUACUUUGAUUUUGAUUCGAAAAUUUUCAAUCAUUUUCGUCGUCUCAGUUGUGGUGAUUCGAUUCGAGGGGUGUGUCAUGCCGAUGAUGUGAUCUAUCUUUUCUACACUGCCUUGUCCGAAAAACUCAACCGAAAUAGCGAAGAAUAUAAAUGCAUUAAACUCAUGAUUGGUAUGUGGUAUAAUUUCGCCUUGACCUCAGAUCCCAACUGCAGUGAAAUCGAACCGGUUGUAUGGAAACCAGUUGCCACAGAAAAGAACAGCAACAACAUGAAACCCAUUGAGAGUCUCAUCAUUAACACCAAUCUAGACUAUGCCAAUUUGCCAAUGCUCGAAAAGAUAAGGAUGUGGAAUGAAUUUUAUAAGCCAGGUGAUUUAAUUUAGUUGGAAUUGUUUUAGUAUUUCGUUAUAAGGAUAAGGUAAAGAAAAAUAAAAAAAUAAAAGAAAUGAAAUAAAACAUGA